AUGUGAUUUGCUUCUCUUGGAGCCAUGGAUGAAUACAGCUGCUUUGUGGACUGGGACAAAAUGGACGUGAGUGCCCAGAGCCAGGAUACAAAAGAGCUCACCUGCACAGACUUCCAUGAGCUCAAGCAGCUGGCCCGGCAGGGCUACUGGGCCAAAAACCACUCUCUGAGAGCCAAAGUGUACCACAAACUCAUCAGCAAUAUCCCAUGCCGCACAGUGACUCCGGAUGCAAACGUGUACCGGGACAUCGUGGUGAAGAUCGUUGGGAAGCGCAGCAGCAGCUCCCUUCCACUGCCAGAGUUCGUGGACAACAGCCUGGUCCCCACGUACUGCCUGAACGCGGAGGGCGUCGGGGCCGUCAGGAAGAUCAUCCUGUGCAUCGCCAACCAGUUCCCGGACAUCUCCUUCUGCCCGGCGCUGCCCUCGGUGAUCGCGCUGCUGCUGCACUACAGCAAGGACGAGGCCGAGUGCUUCGAGCACGUCUGCCGCAUCCUGGCGUGCAACGACCCGUCCAAGCGGCUCAUCGACCAGACCUUCCUGGCCUUUGAGUCCUCCUGCAUGACCUUCGGGGACCUGGUGAACAAGUACUGCCAGGCGGCCCACAAGCUGAUGGUGGCAGUGUCCGAGGACGUGCUGGAGGUGUACUCAGACUGGCAGCGGUGGCUCUUCGGAGAGCUGCCCAUGGCGUACAUUGCGCGGGUCUUCGACGUCUUCCUGGUGGAAGGGUACAAAGUUCUCUAUCGCGUUGCGCUGGCUCUUCUGAAAUUCUUUCACAAAGUCAGAGCUGGGCAGCCCAUGGAGUCUGACAGCAUCCAGCAGGACAUUCGAGCCUUCGUCAGGGACAUCGCCAAGUCGGUGUCCCCAGAGAGGCUCCUGGAGAAAGCCUUUGCUAUCCGCCUUUUCUCUCGCAAGGAGAUCCAGCUCCUGCAGAUGGCCAACGAGAAGGCUUUGCAGCAGAAGGGCAUCACAGUCAAACAGAAAAGUCUUGCACUUCCCAAAAGGCAGAAUGUGCACUUGGCAGUUCAUGCUGAAAACUUCAAAUCAGAAAUUGUCAGUGUGAAGGAGAUGCGGGAUAUCUGGUCGUGGAUCCCAGAGCGAUUUGCACUGUGCCAGCCUCUCCUACUUUUCACCACUUUGGAACAUGGCUGUAGUCUGAGCAGGUUCUAUUCCCACAGCGAGGGACACGAACCAACUCUGCUCCUCAUCAAGACAACAGCAAAAGAGGUCUGUGGGGCUUACCUGUCCACUGACUGGAGCGAGCGCCGACGAGGAGGGAAUAAGCUGAGUUUCUUUGGAACUGGGGAGUGCUUUGUGUUUAGGCUGCAGCCAGAAGUGGAACGCUAUGAGUGGGUGAUCAUAAAGCACCCAGAACUAGCCUCGACUGGAUCAGAGACAGAAAACCAUGCCCAAACAGCUUCCAGCACCCUUUCCUCCAGCAGCAUCCCCUCAGAGCCCUCAGAUCGCCUUUCUCCCUUCUUAGCAGCCAGGCACUUCAACUUGCCUUCCAAAACAGCCUCCAUGUUCAUGGCUGGCAGCAGCGAGUGCAUCAUUGUAGGUGGUGGUGAUGGCCAGGCUCUGUACCUCGAUGCGGAUCUGAACCACGGCAGAACCAGCCACUGCAACACCUUCAAUAACCAGCCACUGUGCUCUGAAAGCUUCCAGAUCUCCAUCCUGGAGGUAUGGGGCUUCAGGGACACCAUGAAUGGUUGAUGUGACUAUCAUUAAUCAGCUAGUUUUUCAGUUGUCCGGGUAAAUUCCAGUACAGAAGCUGAAUUAGAACAUCCUGCUGGGCUCAGUGCUGUGAGUGCACUUGCAUGCAGGCCUAGUUGUUUACUCUUACUUUAUUUAAGACAGGUCAAGGUGAAGUAAUGUGUCUGGUUAACUGCUUGUCCCUUUACCUCUAGAGAUCUGUAUUCAGUGACUAUUGGUAACAAUGAAAAUGUGGUGGGUUCAGAGGUGGAUACAGGUCUGAAUCAUGGGAUAGGAUUAAGUCCAUUGUUCCUCAGAGGCACAGCCCUGGCUGAGUUGUGCUGCAGAGCCCUGAGCCACUGGCACCAGUACCUGGCCUGAGCCAGGAAUAUCAAAUGUCUCCUCACAGGGAACACUGGUGACCUCAGAUUUCACAUAAAACAGUAGUUCAUAACUCCCUGCUCUCCUAUGAGCAGACACUGUGCAGACAGAUCAGUACUAUUAAGUUAUGAAGCUCUUACAUUCACACCAGAGCCAUGAGUGCUGAUCUACUUGUACUAAAACCUUUGACAUGUUCCGGUUGCAUGUUUGAACAGUCUGCCUCUGAGAAAUGCAUCCAGGCUGGAUGGUGAUAUCUCCAAGUCUUGAUUUUGUUUACAUUCCUAUUCCAUAUCAGUAGGAUGACUUCGCAGUCACUCCCUGUGUCAGGCAGCUGAAAGCCAGAGAGUAUCUGCAGUGCUCAGAAAUGCUCCUUUCCUCUUCUUUUCUGGGAGCUGAAAUGAAGCUUUAAAUCUGAAAAUAACUGUGCUGAUAUCCCCGUGUGUUUGGAGAAUUAGACAUGGUGAUAAUGGGAACCUAAUCCUCUCCCCACGAGAAAGGAAGGCAGGAGGCAAAUCUGGGAGUGAAUGAGUUUCCCAGGAGAACUGGAGGCAACACUGUUUCUCCAGAUGUCUUCCCAGUGAGACAUCCCUCCUGAGAAGGUAACA